CUGUUCCUUUGCGCUGCGUAUCUCCUGAUCAGCCAACUCUGAGCAGCACUCUUGACAAUUCAUGGUGCAUGCUAGAACAUGACCAUCCAGGUGAGCAUGCAGCUGUGACCAUCCAGGUUUUAUUUAUUUAUUUAUUUUGGCCACACUGCACAGCAUGCAGGAUCCCAGUUCUCCGACCAGGGAUAUAACCUGUGCCCCCUGCAAUGAAAGUGAGGAAUCCCAACCACUGGACCACCAGCUAAGCUCCUAGAAUCUCUUCUUGAUGAUACAUUGGUGGACUUUCACCUGAAAGAAAACCAUCAGCCACCCAAACAUUAGCAGAAUGAGCGACAAUGCUGCGUUGGCUCCUCCGGCUUCAAACCAGGGUCCCACCACCCCACGCAAAGGGCCCCCUAAGUUCAAGCAGAGGCAGUCUCGUCAGUUCAAGAGCAAGCCUCCUAAGAAAGGUGUGAAAGGGUUUGGAGAUGACAUUCCAGGCAUGGAGGGACUAGGAACAGAUAUCACUGUGAUCUGUCCUUGGGAGGCAUUCAGCCACUUGGAGUUGCACGAGCUCGCUCAGUUUGGGAUCAUCUGAACCACUGGAGGUUCUGCCACUCUCAUUAGCAUCUGCUGUAACUUUGAUUACUUCUGCCCUAUUGAUCUGCCAGAAUUUUGACAUGCAGAUGGGGGAAAUGGUUUCACACACCCUCACUUCCCUUAAGUGACUACUAAGAGUUGUCUGAGUGCCAGACUCUUUCAUGCAGCAUAGUUUAGCUCAGAAUAGUGGGUGAAAUCAACUUUUAAUGAGGCUUUUCCAACAUCACCCCUUUUUCCUAUCAGCUGGUUACAAGUCAUCCAUAUUUCUCUAAAGUCCUUCAAAUCUGUUUUUGCUAGGCACUCAGUACUCUUGGUAGAAGGUUUUUAAGAUAUCAUUUAUGUCCCUCCUCUCCCCUUUUCUUUAAUAAAGGAGAUAUUUACCUCGAAUCUCAA